AUGAAAUUGGGGCGAGAAUAUGAUUCACUUUUGGCUAUAGCCUCAACAAAUGAUUGGGAGCAGCAAAUACGGCUAGAAAAGCUUAAAAAAGCAAAGGUUCAGCAAGAGGCAGAAAAGUCUCUUAAAGAGCAGCAGGAAUGUGAAAAAGAGAGGCAGGAAAGGCAUAGACAACAGGAAGAACGAAAAAAGGCGUUAGAACAAGCAUCAGUACAAAACUUGGUGGUGAAACCGGUUAUAUCGGAAAAAAGUAUAUCACAGGAAAAUAAGGGGUCUUUGCCACAUAAAAAAACAGGUUAUCGGUCUAAGGUAUCUUGA